CUUGUUUCUAUCCCGUCGGGCGACGGCUGGCUGGUUGUGCUCGUGUGUGUGUGUGUGUGUGUGCAUGUUGAUCCAGAGCACACUGCAGUCAACUUAAGUGGCUGACUAAUUCACCGACACACACAAACGAUGCAUGCACACCAUCCGUCCCCCUUUCCGCGUGAAUGAAAGACUUGCGUGAUUGUGCGUCUGCCUCCACAGACACGCAGGCAUCUGCCUCUGCCACCGUUCAUCAAGUCUCACUACGCCGGACAGAAAUUCACCAUCCGACGUCGAAUGCGGGCUGCGUUAGCCCGUCUCUCAGUCAGAAGGGGCAAGUCUGAGUCAGCUGCUGAUCGGCGCUCUCGAGUUUGCGGAUUGGGCCAUCGUGGCCAAGCUCACCAUUGGAGCACACGCCAUAGUCUUCCUCGGUGACUUACACCCACUCGCACGCCACGCCUAGAAUUUCUGCACUGGACCUGCUGCCGUCGCUGCUGUUGAGUAACGGGGCGGGGCUGGGGAGCUUUCAAAAUAGCCGGGAGGGCCCGGAGGAGUGGCCGAUGGGGCUGGGUGGAAAGGUUGGAUGUAGCCGCCGACGGGCUGCAUUGGCUGAGGAGGAAGAGGCUGCUGCUGAUAGAGUGUGACAGCAGGGUAUUGAUACUGUGCUCCUGUCAUCUGGCCGCUCAUUGCCGGAAUGAACGGCCGAUUCUCCGCAAUGAAUUGCUGCACACAGACAUGAAUAUCUCUCUUGAUGACGAGCAAGUCAAGUCAAGGAGCAACUACCAGUGAGCCGCAGGCAGGAGAGAAUAUUAGGGCGUAACUGCAGCAGUCAGUCUUCAUCAGCACGCCAUCUGAUAACCACAUAUGACGGUGUAUGCCAGUCAGGUGCCUUUUAGAGAUCCGUACCAGACGGAUCAGUCAAUUGGCCCUUUGUGCGCCCACAAUAGCACACCGGCUGGCACAUCCCUGCAUAAACAAACAUCAGCGGCAGGUAUGUAUCAUGCACCAUGCACGUAGCCAGUGUCUCCGUCUUUUCCCGGUCUGUCUUACCGAUCUGGGCAAUGUCAGCCACUUGAGAGAAUCUGAGAGUCUUUUGACAGCAGAAGGUUCUGAGUACGUAGCCUAAGGUUGGAUCACAGGACAGUGCCACACAAAAUGAACUAACAGGUUUUCUCUCCUCCACCCCUCCCUCAUUCAGCUUGUGUGUACCAAAGGAGGUUUUCUCCACUUUUCGAGGUGACGAUGCCACAACUACUAUCGAGACGACGACCACUCUGGAGAGAGUGAUAGUGAGUAGGGGAGAGAGUAAUAGAGAAAGGCUGCCCUCUGUUCAUUGGUCAUUCGGUCAUUCUCUCAUCUUUGACUUACAUAAUGAACCAUGACGGCCCGGCAUGUAUCACCACAACCAGUCCCCCGCCGGCGCUCAAGGCGAUCACGAGGGCGACCACGACCAGAAAGGGGAGGACCACCAGGAACUACACACAGAGCGAAUGAUGAUGAAGGAGAGCAGUUGGCUACGCGCUUGCAAGAUGUGGGUGUCCCUCUUGUGCGUGCGUGUACCCGCCAGCAUGCCGUGUACUUGAUGUCAUACGUCUGUCGAGAGACGCGGUGAAACAGAUAUGCGAUGCACAAGAGAGAAUGGCUUGAGGUGACAUUCGGUAUUGCAUGCGACUGCCUGUACCUUGUCCAAAAACGGUGUUUGUGGCUGGACUUCAACGGCAUAUGGCAUCCCCACGGCAUAAACUGGCUGUUCUGGCUGCAUCAGGCCCGUCCUCACUGUCACAAGUCACCGAAUGGGGCCUCCUCUUGCUCGC